AGGGUUCAAAAUUAUUUUUUGAUUAUUUUUGGUUAUGAUGGAGAAGGAAUCAUUAAACAGAAAAGAAGCAGAUUCUGAUGCAGGGGUUCAUGACCUUGUUAAGGAGUACUAUGGGAAAAUCCUGAAGCAGACGUCUGAUUUAAAGAGCAACGCUUGUGUCCCUUGUGCAAAACCAAUCCCUAGCUACAUUAAAAAAGCCUUGGCUGAAGUUCAUCCUGACGUCAUAGCUAAGUACUAUGGCUGUGGACUGGCAGUACCAGAGUGUGUGGAGGGCUGCAGGUUGCUGGACCUCGGCUGUGGUAGUGGUCGCGACUGCUAUCUGCUCAGCCAGCUGGUGGGUGAGAGCGGACAUGUCACUGGAAUCGAUAUGACUAAGGAUCAGCUUGAGGUGGCACAGAAGUAUCUAGACUAUCACAUGCAAAAGUUCGGCUACAAGAAGCCGAAUAUCAACUUUGUUCAGGGGUACAUCGAAGCACUAAGGGAAGCAGGACUGAAGGAGAACUUCUAUGAUAUAAUUAUAUCAAAUUGUGUGGUGAACCUUUCACCUGACAAAGCUAGUGUUCUGAAGGAGGCCUACCAUGUGCUGAAGGAUGGUGGAGAGCUCUAUUUCAGUGAUGUAUACAGCAACGCAUCAAUUUCAGAAUCUCUCAGAUCCAACAAAGUAUUGUGGGGUGAGUGUCUGAGUGGAGCUCUUUGGUGGGAAGACCUCAUACGAUUGGCUCAGGAGGUUGGAUUCAGCGCACCUCGAUUGGUUGCGGCCAAUGUCAUCUCUGUAGGUAACGAGGAGCUUGAAAAACUUUUAGGUGACUACAAGUUUGUUUCUGCGACAUACCGGCUCUUCAAGCUACCAAAGAACUCUAAGGAGAAGCGCUGUCUCGUGAUCUAUGAUGGAAACAUUAUGGGUUUAGAAAAGGAAUUUGAGUUUGAUGCCCAGUAUACUUUCAAGGUAAACGAGGUGAUGGAGGUGGAUGAAGAUAUGGCAAACAUCUUGAAGAACUCCAGGUUUGCUGAAGAGUUUACUUUCCAAACAGGGAAUAGUGCAACAGGAGGCUGCUGGGCCAAACCCAAGGUUGUGCCAGUGAACCCCUUUGAACUUGCAGAGCAGUUAGUAGGUGCUAGUGUGACUUCAUCCACAGGGUUGUGCUGUGGCCCCCAGGAGUCAUGCUGCAAAUGACAGAACAAAUAUAUAUCACAGGAUAAGUAGUAAUCUCUGGGUCUAGACACAUUUUAUUAAUGACUGAAUGUAUAAUAUGAACUAAGUAUUAAAUAAAACAGUAACGAUCAGCUUUAA